UUAUAAUAUAAAAGUUAAAAAAUGGAUGGUUGUUUCAGUUAUCAAGAAUUAAAAGCAUUGCAAGAAUUAAUUAAUCCUACAAAAGAUAGUUCAGAUUCUGAAGAUGAUUUACCACAGGCUGGUGCUCGAAAACUUGGGCCUGGCGACAUCAAAGUACAGAAUGGAAUGUCUCAAGAACAUUCGGGUCCACAUGCACCGUUGGAAAUGAAUUCUGAUAAUAUUUGGCAUUCAUCAGAAGCAAUCGCCUCUCAAAAUUUUGAAACCUAUGAUCCAAGGAAAGUACCGGAAUACGAAAUGAAAUUUAAACAAGCAGUGACAGCGGAAGAUGUCUUUUUGGGAAUGGGCUUUAAAACACCAGGAACUGCAUCAUGCGAAUGGUUGUCUGUGUUUGUGAAGAUGCCGAAUGAAAAGCGCGAGAAAAUUGAGCUGUCUGUGGAAACCGAGGCCAUCGACGUUCGUAGCCUAAAUUAUCGGCUCCACCUUGAGACGCCACAUCCGGUUGAUCCUAACGCCUCAUCGGCCAAGUGGCACAAUGAUACGUCUACCUUGGAGAUUACCCUAAGGCUUUCACGCGAACUGGACGAAGUGAAUUUUUAA